ACCGUGUCCUCUUGAGUUGAAACGAUUCUCAGGGACGGAGCCGCAAAGGAGGAGGGCAAGACUCCCGCAUCAUCGCGCCCGCUCUUUCCCUCAUCAGCACCGCGGUCUAUCGAGAGCCUCUGCGUUUGAACUGUGGUCACUUUUAGCAUGUGUCGACUCUAUAUUGUGCCCGCUGUUUUGUGAACAGUGCGCGUUUGGUGGAUGUGGUCGCGUGGAUAAGCAGAAGACGAUGAUUUUGUCGGGUCUCCUCUUCCCCGCGUUAUGGGGACUGGCGCUCGGCGGAUCUCCAAGCGUCCAAAUCGGUGGCCUGUUCCCCAGAGGAGCAGAUCAAGAGUACAGCGCGUUUCGGAUCGGAAUGGUUCAGUUCGGCACGACCGAAUUCCGCCUCACUCCUCACAUUGAUAACCUGGAGGUGGCUAACAGUUUCGCCAUAACAAAUUGCUUUUGCUCACAGUUUUCCAGAGGAGUGUAUGCCAUCUUUGGCUUCUACGAUAAGAAGUCGGUGAACACCAUCACUUCAUUCUGUGAGACGCUGCACGUGUCCUUCAUCACACCCAGUUUUCCUGCUGAUGGGCUAAACCAGUUUGUUCUGCAGAUGAGGCCUGAUAUCAAAGGUCCUCUCAUCAGCCUGGUGGAGUAUUACAAGUGGGAGAAGUUCGCCUAUCUGUAUGACAGCGACUUAGGUCUGUCUACCCUGCAGGCAGUGCUGGACACAGCAGCAGAGAGGAAAUGGCAGGUAACAGCCAUAAACGUUGGAAACCUGAAGGAUGAGUGGAAAGACGAGGCAUAUCGCUCCCUCUUUCAGGACCUGGAGAACAAGAAAGAGAGGAGAGUCAUUUUAGACUGUGAACAGGACAAAGUCAAGGACAUUAUGGAGCAGGUGAUCACGAUCGGUCGACAUGUGAAAGGAUAUCAUUACAUCAUUGCAAAUUUUAGCAGCUUGGACAUACUGCUAAGCAUCCCUUUUUGUAAGAUUCAGUAUGGAGGGGCGAAUGUGUCUGGAUUUCAGAUAGUGGAUUUUGAUGACCCGCUUGUUGCUAAAUUUGACCAGCGCUGGGAGGCACUGGAGGAGAAGGAGUACCCUGGAGCAGACAACAGAAUCAGGUACACUUCCGCUCUCACAUAUGAUGCUGUGCAAGUAAUGACCGAGGCAUUCCGCUUUCUGCAUAAACAAAGGAUUGACAUCAGUCGCCGUGGCAACAACGGAGACUGCCUGGCCAAUCCUGCGGUGCCGUGGGCUCAGGGGGUGGAGAUAGAGCGUGCUCUCAAGCAGGUGCGUGUGGACGGAUUGACAGGAAAUAUUCAAUUUGAUCAGUACGGCAGAAGAGUGAAUUACACAGUCAAUGUCAUGGAGCUGAAAAACAGUGGCCCUGUGAAGAUUGGUUACUGGAAUGAGGUGGACAAAAUGGUGGUGACAAAAUCUGACCUUUUCCCCAACGACACCAUGGGAAUGGAGAAUAAAACAGUUGUUGUGACGACAAUCCUGGAGGCACCAUAUGUAAUGCUGAAAAAGAAUGCAGAGUUAUUCACCGAUAAUGAACGUUAUGAGGGAUACUGUGUGGACCUGGCAGCCGAGAUUGCAAAGCAUUGUGGCUUUAAGUAUCAGCUGAGGAUUGUGGCAGAUGGAAAGUAUGGCGCACGAGAUGCUGAGACCAAGAUCUGGAAUGGCAUGGUUGGGGAACUGGUGUACGGGAAAGCAGACAUAGCUGUAGCUCCUCUUACCAUCACUCUGGUCAGAGAGGAGGUGAUCGACUUCUCGAAACCUUUCAUGAGUCUGGGCAUAUCCAUUAUGAUCAAGAAACCACAGAAAUCCAAGCCGGGUGUCUUCUCUUUCCUGGACCCGCUGGCCUACGAGAUCUGGAUGUGCAUUGUAUUUGCCUACAUCGGAGUUAGCGUUGUGCUCUUCCUCGUUAGCCGCUUCAGCCCUUACGAGUGGCACACUGAGGAGUUUGAGGAUGGGCAGCUGGGCCCUAGCGAAUCUACGAACGAAUUUGGAAUCUUUAAUAGUCUGUGGUUUUCUCUGGGCGCUUUUAUGCAGCAGGGAUGCGAUAUUUCGCCAAGGUCCUUGUCUGGCCGUAUAGUUGGUGGUGUGUGGUGGUUUUUCACUCUCAUCAUCAUCUCCUCCUACACGGCUAACCUGGCUGCCUUUCUCACUGUGGAGAGGAUGGUGUCACCUAUCGAGAGUGCUGAAGACUUGGCCAAACAGACUGAGAUUGCCUAUGGGACACUGGAUGCAGGCUCCACCAAAGAGUUCUUUAGGAGAUCUAAGAUUGCUCUCUUUGACAAGAUGUGGCAGUACAUGAAGAGCGCAGAGCCUUCUGUGUUUGUUAAAAACACAGUGGAAGGCGUUUUGCGUGUCCGAAAAUCCAAAGGCAAAUAUGCUUACCUUCUGGAGUCCACUAUGAAUGAGUACAUCGAGCAGCGCAAGCCCUGUGACACCAUGAAGGUCGGAGGGAACCUUGACUCUAAAGGCUACGGCAUCGCUACACCCAAGGGAUCUGCUUUAAGAACGCCAGUAAACCUUGCAGUAUUGAAACUCAGUGAGCAAGGCAUCUUAGACAAGCUGAAAAACAAAUGGUGGUACGAUAAGGGAGAAUGUGGAGCCAAGGACUCUGGAAGUAAGGAGAAGACUAGUGCCCUCAGCCUGAGUAAUGUUGCGGGUGUCUUCUACAUCCUGGUGGGCGGCCUCGGGUUGGCCAUGCUGGUCGCUCUGGUGGAGUUCUGCUACAAGUCUCGCGCGGAGGCCAAACGCAUGAAGAUGACGUUCACAGAUGCUAUGCGCAGUAAGGCCAGGUUGUCUAUAACGGGCAGUACAGGGGAGAACGGGCGAGUGCUGACUCCAGACUUCUCUAAAGCCGUCCAUGCUGUGCCGUACCUGAGACCUGGCAUGGCAAUGCCUCUGAGUGUGAGCGAGCUGUCCUGAGUGCCUUACAUAGACACACACACACACACACACACACACUGGUGCAAGCAUGCUGUACCUCCACUUUCAUACAUAUGCAUACACGUACAUAUUCUUACACACAAAGAAAUAUAAAUAUAUAUAUAUAUAUAAUAUUAUAUAUAUACAUAUACAUAAUAAUAGUUAAUUAUUCCAUAUACAAUGAACCACGACAUCUACACAGAGGAUGCCAAAUCCAUACAUGCAUAGACACACUUUCACUUAUGUUUACUGUUCAGUGCAAUCAUAUUUUGACCAGCGGUGAUGUAUACAACCAACAUUUGCAAAAAAAAACAAAAACAUGCUGACAGACAUAAAAAAGUAUACAGGCACAUUGCUGUGUGUACAUAUGCAGAUAACUUCACAAACCUUGUGUAGCCACGAUCCUAUAGUUUCUUGUUGUGUAUAUUUUACAUAACUGCAUUUCCAAGUUCUCGUUUUGUCACACACUUGAAUAUGCACAUAUAAUAUGACCUCAUUUCCCUCAUAUAUUCAUCACACACUUGCCCCACUUCAGUUUUCACAGACGUUUUCACAUUGUAAGUGAUGACAUUGCAAUGCUGCACUGAGGAACAACGUUACACAUUGAAAAUAAUUCCUAUGGGAAAAUCUCCACACCUGUUUCCAUAGCAACGUGUUUUUGGAAUCUCUGAUUCUCAAGAGCUCAAGCACACGAAACAUCUGCAUCAAAUGUGAUUUUGUUUACUCAAUCUACAUGAUAUAUAUAUAUAAAAAAAAAAGUCUGACUGGAAUCAUUUCUUAUUAUAUGAGAUAUGUAUAAUAAAUGAUGUAUAUAAUUACACUUUUGUUCAUUUGAUGUUAAUGUUACCAUGCAAAUGCUUGACUUAAACAUAUUUGAGUAGUUUUGUUUCUCCUCACUGGUUUGAUUUUUUGUGAUGUUAAUUUUUUGGAUCAUUGUGUUCAGAUCCGUUUUUUGGGCGAUGCAAGCAGUAGUUUUAUAAUUCUAUAAGUCUUUUGAUUAAAAGAAAAAAACAAUUAAAGAAUACUAUAACUUCUGCAUUUCACAAUUGAGAUGGUAUAUUAUAAGUGUCAUAUCGAUUAAGAUGGAUCUGUAUAUUAAUAUAUGAACUUAAUAUAAUAUUUUAUAAAACCCCAAAAUGCCAAAUAUUGAUGUGUGCCAAAAUAUGUCAAGGCAUUUCAGAUGCAUUUAUUAAUAUUGUCUCUGUAUGGGGAAAUGUGACGACUGAAAAUUAGCACCCUAUAAUCAGAGGUUUGUUAUUUAUGUCAUCUUUGGCUUUUUUGUUUUGUUUUGUUUUGUUUUUCAUAUCAGAUUAAUAAGGUGCACUACGAUAUGCAGUUUUAACUGUGAAAAGCAUGACAACCUUUAGUUGUGUUUGUUUUAUAAAAGCGAUGAUUAAGUAUAUCACUAAUAUUAGUUAACUAGGACUUUCAUUUAUGUAGUCCAGUUAUGACCUUCAGACUAAGAGAUAGAGAUGAUUAUUACAGAUAGUUAUAUUGAUAAAGUAUAAGCCGAUCACCCUUUUCUAUGCCAUGCUGUGUAACUGAAAUCUUGUUCAUUAGUUUUAUAUGUAUAUGUACUGUACAUGUAAAUAGAAACCGUGUAUAACUUAAAAUCUUGGAUGAUACACCAAUUCACACAGAUGCACACAAGAGGAUUGCUCAUAUUGUGCAUUUGGGAGCACGACCGUCGUAUCAAGCUGUCUCUCACAUACAGACACACAAAUGGACUUGUCAUCACUAGCAUCAUUUCAGUUGGAGAGUCUGCCAUGGGAUGAAAUGGAGGACGUUUUUCUAAAUGGAAUGUGGACCGAUUGCUUUAUUUUUUGGAAUCUUUUGGAAUAAACAGAGACUGAGAAUCCUCUGAUAUUCUGUUUUCAUCUGUUUCAUGGGAAGGAGAAAAGUGCCGCAGGAAGGGGUUGACAAGCAUGUCAGCUGUUCACUCAAAUUCACAUCUUGGGUCCAAAAUUAACACACAGAUGAAAAUGUUGAAACAGCUUAUCUAGGAUGCCUAUUUUUUUUCCUACAGAACAUGUGGCAACAUAUUUGUGGAA